GGCGGCGCGAGACGAUAAUAUGGCACAUGCAUCUAGUCCUUCUGUGCCAAUCUGCACAGAGCAGAGCAGCAAUAGCACCGCACCACAUAGGGUGAUUCUGCAAAGACCCAGCAGUGCAGGUUCUCGCCCAGCAAGUGUGAGCAGUAGCCUAAGCUCUAGUUCAACCAGGGGUCCUCGACCAAACCAGGAAAUAUGUGUGGGAGAAGAGCUGAGGAUUGCAGUGGAUAUAGCACUGGAGAAAUUCAGACUAAAUCCAGAACAGAAAGAACUGGAAUUUCCUUCUUCUUUCACUGCAACAGAAAGAGCAUAUGUUCAUAGGCUGACAGAUGACAUGGGACUGAAGUCAAAAAGUAGAGGAAAAGGAUCUAAUAGAUUUUUAACCGUCUUCAAAAAAGAGGACAAGAAAGCAGCCAAUUCCUCUGCCAGAUUUCAGCUGACUCACAACUCAAGGCAGCAGAUUCACAAUCUUAUCCAGCGUUUUCCUCUUACCAGCAAGGAAAGGCAUGAACUGCUGCCCAGAACUGAGAGGAUCACUUCAACUGAAGGGAUGAGAGAACUGGGCAAGACAACCACUGGAAGAUUAAACAACGGGGUAUCUCAAGUGCCUCCCAAAAGAGGAACAUCAGACCUGAAUGCAUUUAGAGAGACACUGCCUGUCUAUCAGAUGAGGGAACAAAUUGUUAAUGCCAUAAAUAGUCACCAGGUGGUGUUAAUAUCAGGAGAGACAGGCUCUGGAAAAACAACACAGGUUCCCCAGAUGAUUCUGGAUGACUGUCACCAAAGAAACAAACCUUGUAGAAUGUUCUGCACACAACCUCGCAGGAUCUCAGCACUGUCAGUAGCAGAGCGUGUAUCUACAGAGAGAGGUGAAAAGAUUGGACAGACUGUAGGAUAUCAAAUUAGACUUGAAAGCAGGGUUUCACCUAAAACAUUACUGACAUUCUGUACCAAUGGGGUGUUGCUCAGAACACUAAUGGGUGGUGAGGCAUCCAUGAAUGCUGUCACACACAUUAUUGUUGAUGAAACUCAUGAACGAGACAGAUUUAGUGACUUCCUGUUGAUUUCACUAAGAGAUCUGCUGGCCAAGUACAAGAACUUGAAGGUUAUUUUGAUGAGUGCUGCUCUCAAUACACAGCUCUUUAUCAAUUACUUUGGUGGAUGUCCCAUAAUUGAAGUACCUGGAAAGCUAUUUGAAGUGAAGGAGUAUUUUCUGGAAGAUGUUCUCAAGAUGUAUGAUGAAACUCAUGAACGAGACAGAUUUAGUGACUUCCUGUUGAUUUCACUAAGAGAUCUGCUGGCCAAGUACAAGAACUUGAAGGUUAUUUUGAUGAGUGCUGCUCUCAAUACACAGCUCUUUAUCAAUUACUUUGGUGGAUGUCCCAUAAUUGAAGUACCUGGAAAGCUAUUUGAAGUGAAGGAGUAUUUUCUGGAAGAUGUUCUCAAGAUGACUGGGUAUACAAACAAGAAAAUGAUCAAGUACAAGAGUGAAUUAGAAAAAGUUGCUGAGCAGCAGCGCCAUCUAGACCAGUGGUGUAACCAGCAACCAAGUGCUGAAAGAGCAGAACCUGAAGAGUCUGUACUGGAGGACAGUGGAGUGAUAGAAGACAGAGAUGAUGGUAUAGAGGUAGACAAGCUUGGUCCAGAGAAAGAAGAACUAGAGCCAUGGCUGGUGACUGAGAUGGACAAACUGCUAACUGAGGCCUGGCUGACAGGAGAAGAGGACAUCUUCACACAGAUCUUCCAUCUCAUUAUGAGUGAGGAUGUCACUGUGGACUACAUGCACUCUGAGACCAGUGCCACCCCACUGAUGAUAGCUGCGGCCAGGGGCUUCACUUCAGUUGUGGAACAACUCCUGAAUCUUGGGGCCAACAUUAAGAUCAAGGCCUCAAAUGGAUGGAAUGCUCUGAACUGGGCUGAAAAGUUUGAGAGGACAGAUGUCAUUGAGAUUUUGAAAGCCUACAUGACAACAAGUGAGGAGGGUGAGGAAGGAGAUGACGAGGAUCUUCUCAAGGAAACAGAGAUGACAGUAAGUGAGGAGGAUAAACAGCUGCUGAACCUUUAUCACCACAGCUUUGAUGAUGACAAGGUGGACACAGACCUCAUUCUUGCCCUGCUCCAUAAGAUACAAGACUCCCAGGAGGAAGGUAGCAUUCUGGUGUUUCUGCCUGGCUAUGUUGAAAUUGUUGGUCUUCGUGACAGGAUUAUCAAUGAUGACAAGCACUUUGGGGACAGCAACAGGUACAUUUUGUUCAUGCUUCACUCAGCUAUGCAGACAACAGAUCAGAAGAAAGUGUUCAAGAGGCCCCCAGCAGGGGUUAGGAAGAUUAUCCUGGCUACCAACAUAGCAGAGACCAGUUUGACCAUUGAUGAUGUUGUUUUUGUUAUCGACUCUGGGAAAGUUAAGGAGAAAUCAUUUGAUGCCCUGACAUCAGUGUCCAUGUUGAAGUGUCACUGGAUCUCCAAGGCUAGUGCACUGCAGAGGAAAGGAAGAGCUGGUCGCUGCCGUGCUGGCACAUGCUAUCACCUGUUUAGUAGAAUACGUUACAACAACAUGCAGGAGUUCCAGCUGCCAGAAAUACUACGGUUUCCACUUGAGGAACUAUGCCUGCAUACCAAACUGCUGACCCCUGUCAAUAUCCCGAUAGCUGACUUCCUGGCUAAGGCUCCAGAGCCCCCUGCCUACCUGACCACCAUGAAUGCUGUGCAGCUGCUGCAGAAAAUUGAUGCCCUGGACCAGUGGGAGGACCUGACAGAGCUUGGCCACCACUUGUCUGAUCUCCCAGUAGAGCCCAAAUAUGGCAAGAUGGUCCUGUUCUCAGUGGUCCUCAAGUGUCUGGAUCCUAUCCUCACUGUUGCCUGUGCUCUGGCCUACAAGGACCCAUUUCUCCUGCCAUCCCAGCCAUAUCAGAAGCGGUCUUUAGCCAUGAUAAGAAAAACCUUUGCCUCUGGUACAUUCAGUGACCACAUGACAUUACUGAGAGCAUUCCAGGCUUGGCAGAAGGCAAGGGCAGACGGCUGGGAGAAAUCUUUUUGUGAAAGAAACUAUCUGUCUGCAGCCACUAUGGAAAUGAUUGUGGGAAUGAGAACACAACUACUUGGUCAGCUGCGAGCUUCAGGGUUUGUUCGAGCACGUGGGGGAGGUGACAUACGUGACCUGAACGCUAAUUCAGAGAACUGGGCGGUGGUCAAAGCUGCCCUCUGUGCUGGGCUUUAUCCCAACUUGAUACAAGUAAACAGAACAAAGAACCAGCUGAUGUCACAAUCAGAGGACAACAUCAAAUUUCACAACCUGUCAGUCUGUAGUCCGGNAGUAUGUCCUUGCCAUGCAGACCAGGUGUCCACAUUUAUAGUCUUGGGAACUGAAAGUACCAGACAUUCCUAUCGAUUCAGUCAAAUUAAAUUGCAGUUAUCUGCAGGAAGCAUUCUGGUGUUUCUGCCUGGCUAUGUUGAAAUUGUUGGUCUACGUGACAGGAUUAUCAAUGAUGACAAGCACUUUGGGGACAGCAACAGGUACAUUUUGUUUAUGCUUCACUCAGCUAUGCAGACCACAGAUCAGAAGAAAGUGUUCAAGAGGCCCCCAGCAGGGGUUAGGAAGAUUAUCCUGGCUACCAACAUAGCAGAGACCAGUUUGACCAUUGAUGAUGUUGUCUUUGUUAUCGACUCUGGGAAAGUUAAGGAGAAAUCAUUUGAUGCCCUGACAUCAGUGUCCAUGUUGAAGUGUCACUGGAUCUCCAAGGCUAGUGCACUGCAGAGGAAAGGAAGAGCUGGUCGCUGCCGUGCUGGCACAUGCUAUCACCUGUUUAGUAGAAUACGUUACAACAACAUGCAGGAGUUCCAGCUGCCAGAAAUACUACGGUUUCCACUUGAGGAACUAUGCCUGCAUACCAAACUGCUGACCCCUGUCAAUAUCCCGAUAGCUGACUUCCUGGCUAAGGCUCCAGAGCCUCCUGCCUACCUGACCACCAUGAAUGCUGUGCAGCUGCUGCAGAAAAUUGAUGCCCUGGACCAGUGGGAGGACCUGACAGAGCUUGGCCACCACUUGUCUGAUCUCCCAGUAGAGCCCAAGUAUGGCAAGAUGGUCCUUUUCUCAGUUGUCCUCAAGUGUCUGGAUCCUAUCCUCACUGUUGCCUGUGCUCUGGCCUACAAGGACCCAUUUCUCCUGCCAUCCCAGCCAUAUCAGAAGCGGUCUUUAGCCAUGAUAAGAAAAACCUUUGCCUCUGGUACGUUCAGUGACCACAUGACAUUGCUGAGAGCAUUCCAGGCUUGGCAGAAGGCAAGGGCAGACGGCUGGGAGAAAUCUUUUUGUGAAAGAAACUAUCUGUCUGCAGCCACUAUGGAAAUGAUUGUGGGAAUGAGAACACAACUACUUGGUCAGCUGCGAGCUUCAGGGUUUGUUCGAGCACGUGGGGGAGGUGACAUACGUGACCUGAACGCUAAUUCAGAGAACUGGGCUGUGGUCAAAGCUGCCCUCUGUGCUGGGCUUUAUCCCAACUUGAUACAAGUAAACAGAACAAAGAACCAGCUGAUGUCACAAUCAGAGGACAACAUCAAAUUUCACAACCUGUCAGUCUGUAGUCCUGCACCCACCAGUGCCACAGUCUUCUCCAGCAGUCAUAAACAAACAGUGAAGAGCCUGCCCACCAACUGGCUCAUCUAUGAUGAGAUGACACGGGCACAGAGAUUUGCCAGUGUGCGCUGUUGUACAGUGGUGUCACCAAUCACAGUGUCUCUCUUUGCUGGACCAUCCAAGUUGCCUCCUGAAGUGGUCAAGGAGGCUGAGGGCAAUUUACAAGAGCUAGUCCAGGGUAAUGGUUACCAUGAAGAAAACAGUGACAGUGAAACAGAAGACAAGGAGGACAAUAAGAGGUGUUCACUACAGCUGGAUGACUGGGUGGGCUUCAAGUUAGAACCUGAGGUUGCCAAUCUUACUCUGCAACUGAGACAAAAGUGGCAUUCCCUACUUCUUCGCAGAAUGCGCUCACCCUCUAAACCUUGGUCACAAGUUGAUGAGAGUAUCUUGCGCACUCUAACCCAUGUUAUCACCAGUGAAGAGCAGGCCCUGGGACUGCAACAGCCAGCUGGUAUAGGCCAAAGACCAAGACCUAUGUCUGCAGAGAGUUCUAUGCAUGAUGGCAGCAGGAGAGGAUCAGAGCAGUCAGAUGACUCUGAUGGCAGACAGAGGAGGGAAGAUCUUGGGAGACGGAAGAGAUAUGAUGAUCGGUCAGCAGGGUCAUCCAGAAGUAACAGUGCCCCAGGGUCAGCAUCUAGUUCCCUGAAGGGAAGUGCCAGUAACAGUCCUUGUCCUAGUCCCUGCAAUCUCCCCCAGCAGCCAAACUCCCCAGCCAGGACAGGUCAGCCAGUGGCGCCAUCUACAGCUGGGAGUGGUGGCUCUGUAGUCUGCUGCUAUUUUGUGAUCAAAUGCAAUAAUGAUAAACAGCUGGAUGCCUCCUUUAACCGUGGGAUCUGGGGUCCUCAGAUACAGACUGAGAGGAAACUUGUCAAGGCAUUCAGGGAGGGCAAGGUGGUUUAUCUGAUCUUCUCAGUUCAAGGCAGCGGCCAUUUCCAGGGUUUUGCCAAGAUGUUGGCUGAACCUAUCAAAGAGAAAGCUCCCGAGUUCAACUACCCAGGGCUUGGUGGCACUCUUAGCAUACAGUGGAUUAAAAGGGCCAACCUCCCAUUUAAGAACACCCAUCAUUUAACCAACCCUUGGAAUGAGAACAGAAGAGUACAGAUCAGCAGGGAUGGACAGGAGAUAGAGCCUAGUAUAGGGGCCCAGUUAAUACAGCUGUGGGAUAAACUCCCCGACUACAAGUUCAAGACCUCCCCUCAGUCAAGAUCUAAGCCCUUUCACUCUGGGGACAGUGCAAGACCUGGUUCCCAGGGGAAUUCUCCGGGCAGAAAUUACAAAUCUGGUGACCAUCACCAGCAGCAACAAUGGACAUCUCCUAGUGGUCAGCAUGUACAAAUAAGUGGACAUUAUGGACAUCAGGGUGGCUCUCCAGGUGGCUCAUACCACGGGCAACCAUUUUACAAUUCAUCAGCAGCCCAGCAGAUGGCAGCACAGUUCAACCCCUUGUAUAUCAAUCCCAUGAUGAGUCAGGGUUCAGGGGGCGGAGCUGCUGGCUCCCCAGGAGGGGUCAUGAUCCCAAACCCUCAAUCCCCAGGUCAGCAUUUUUCUCCAGUGAUGAUAUUACAAAGAGGGUCUGCACCCCCCAGGGGACAGGGACAGGCGGGACACUCAGGCAUGCAGACCCCUCCCCCUGGGUCUCAGCAACACCUUCAUCAAGGUGUGACCCCUCCCCAUGUCAGUAUACCAUAUAGUCAAGGAAACAAUGCACCUCAUUAAGCUGGAUUUAAAUAUUGCAUAGGUAAAUGUAUAAUGCGAAUAUGAAAUUCCUUUAUAGCAAGUGGCCAUGUGCA